GUCCAUGAAACUUAUCAGACUUGCAGGUCUUGGGCUGGAAGCUCCUUGAGGCACAAUGUGGGCCACAAAAAUCAGAAACAAAGGAUGGUCAAGCCAGAAAUUGACAGAUGGCAGGUCGAGAUGACCACAGCCACCCCUUUGGGGGGUACGACCUUCUUCUCACUGAACAUGACCACCAGAGGAGAAGACUUUCUGUACAAAAGUUCUGGAGCCAUCGUCGCUGCCGUUGUGGUGGCUGUCAUCAUCAUCUUCACCGUGGUCCUGAUCUUGCUGAAGAUGUACAACAGGAAAAUGAGGACAAGACGGGAGCUGGAGCCCAAGGGCCCCAAGCCAGCCUCCCCUUCUGCCCUGGGCCCAAACAGCAAGAGCAGCCAACCCCCUGCAACUGUGACCUUCAGCCCUGUUGACAUCCACGUGGAGACUCGGUGACCCCCACCCCAGUGCUGUCUCGUCCACGGUCCAAAGAGCCUUCAGUCAAGACCAAGAAGCACAUUUCUCCUCUGGCAGCUUCACUAAGAGUUUCUACCAGCCAGGUCAACAGGGGCAUCUCUUACGCAAUCCCUGAUGCUUCAGGCAACCCCAACCCCAUCCUGCCGGGCCCUACCCCUGCUAUGUCCCUAUCCCUGCUGCCACCCUUCCAAAAAGCUGUGCUAUGCUGGGAAUCCACUGAUGUGGGUUGAGCUGUCUGCCACUAAACACAAUAGCUAGAUGGACAGACAGACAAGCAGAUAGCCCAGGAGUCUUCUGGUCAGGAGUCAGGGAGCAGGGCAUGCUCCUGAGAGGGUCUGCCCUGAGGUCAUAUCAGAGGAAGGGCCAAAUCCACAGGUUUGUAGAGCAACAUAUUCAAUCCCACAAUCAAGCACAGGGGAACUGACUUGGACUAACUCCCCAAAAACCCAACUUGUUAAUUUAUAACUUGUUCCAGUACUAAGUGACCGCUAGCUAGCUCAUGACGAUUCAUCAGCACAUUUCUCCCUCUUUAAGAAAGGUUAUGGGAAAAACUGAAUUCCUCUCCAAAGGUGUCUACUUCUUUAGUAAAGAGUCAAAGUUGAAGACAUAGGAUGAUCUUGAGGAAGAAUGGCCUCUGGGAUGAAAGCGUGUUGUAAUGUCCAUGGGCCUGGAAUGAGCCUGGUGGCUGGUCAGGGCCCUUCCUCCCCUCUUCCCCACCCCUACCCCCUCGGGGGCUGGAUUAACCUUGACUCAGUCUCACUUCUUGGCUUCCUUCUUUUGGAUUCUGAGCAAUCCUCACUCUCCAGUUACCACCUUACCUCCAAGGUCCAGUAGUUGGAGACUGAUUAGAUUACAACUCUAUUGAUGUUACCUCUGCCCUUCCUCGUCAACACGCAAAGAUUCAGGAUAUAAUCAAAGUACUACAUUCACAAACCAUUCCUCUGGAUAGAAUUCCUCUCUCUGACUCUAGCCUGGAGAACAAUCUAUUGAAAGGGGAAAGCAUUUUGGAAUUAAGAAGACCUGCCUUCCAAGCCCUACUUCCUGGUUUUGUGGCCUUGGGAAAGUGACUUGACCCCUCCACAUUCUGUUUCCUAACAUGAAAUGGGGAUAACAUCUGCCUUCCUGGGUGACUAUAACAAGUCAAGGACUUAGUAAAUAGUAAAGCAGCUCAGGUCGUGCGUGGCACCCAGCAGAUGCUUUACAAAUGGGAGCCGGCAUUAUUAUUAUGAAUUUCUUUCAUUGCAAGAUACACACUUGCUCCCAUUUUAAUGAUUCUGAAAUCAGAAUGUGUCUUAAAAUUGAUGGGUCCACUAAUGAGGUUGCAUUUUUUCUCUCUCUCUCAAAAAGCUGUUUUUUAGCCAGUUGUGCAUUUUACAAUUGAAGGCAUCUCGAAAACAAGGUAAUAAAUCUGUAUUCUAUUACAGAAAGUGACACGCUCUGACUUUUAACCUUAAAUUCUAGGAGUCUUCCCUUCUGAGGGAAAUCCCUUUUGAGGGAAAAUUGAGGGCCAGGAAGUAAGAAGACUGACCCAGGGUCACACAGUUCAUGUCAUCCCACUAUAAAAAUGCUCACUUGAAUAUGUCUGUAGAAAUACUAGCAAAUUCUUUCUCCCCAGGCAUCUCUUCUGCCUGGGUUUAAAUAUCCACCAGCCACUUUGCAAGGUGCUUUUACAUAAGUUGUCUCUUGGGAUUUAUUCUUCCCAAUAACCCUGGGAGGUGUUAUUUUUUCCAUUUGCCAAUGAGAAUUUCAAACUCAAGAAGAAAAAAGACUUGCCCAAAGUCUCACAGCUAGUAAGUUGCAAAGACAAGACUCAAACCCUAGUCUCUUUGACUCCAAAGUCCGUCUUUUUGUUGUAUCACACCCUUUCCUAACAUCCUGGCUCAAAGAACAUGGAUUCUUUUGUGAGCUGAGCAAGAGGAGGACAGUCUUACCCAUGCGUCUGAGUGGAGAUCAGAGGUCAGCUUCCACACCAAGAGUGGGGCAAAGCCACUUUGGUAGCCUCCUUUGGGCUUCCAUGAUUGUAGCCGAAGGGACCCUUUCCAAAUCCAUCCAAGUUCUAAGGAUUCCUGCUUCAUUCCCCCACCAAUUAGGCCCAAGGAGCAAGAGGUGAGAUGGCCUCGAACCAGGACAAAGCCAUCUAAGCCCACAUAGAUAUGUUUCCCAAAUGUAUUCUGCUUAUUUUAAAAAAAAAAAAAAAAAAGGAUUGUUUGGAAUGUUUUAGCCCUAAAACCAAAGUCUUCUGCCCACAGUGGAAUCUUCCUGGAAGAAAGAACAUAUUCCUCUAGUAUAAAUGAAAGCUUAGAAAUGGAAGGGGGAGGUAGAGAGGUGAGGGGGAGGCAAAGAAAAGGGUUGUGGUGUUUUGACUGAUGAUGAUUAAGUCAGCAAACAUCUUUAAGGGUUCCUGUGUGCUGGUGGAGGUACUACUAAGCACAGUAAGCUAGUCCCUGCUCUCAGGGAGUCUGCAGCUGGCCUCCUGAGACAGGGAUCUUGCAACACAGUUGCAUCUCAUUUCUGACAGGUGCCUUUCCUAACUGAGCAGAUGCUACCUUAUUUGGCCACUGAAUCAAUAAAUGAUA